CCACCACUAUCUCCAAAAAAACAACCACCAUGAUUCCAUCAACCACCACCACCACUACUCCAAGAAUAACCACAACUACAAGAAGGACAACCAUUACCACUACUCCAAAAAUGACUACCACUACUCCAACCACCACCACCACCACCACAUCUACUCCAAGAACAACCUCCACUACAAGAAAGACAACGUUUACUACUAUUCCAAGAAUGACUACAACUAUUCCAGCAAGCAAAACUACCACCCCCAAAACAACAAUCACCAGGAAUCCAACAACCACCAUCUCCAGCACCACUACUCCAAGACAAACCACCACUACAAGAAAGACAACCAUUACUACUACUCCAACAACGGCUACCACUCUUUCAACAACCACCACUACUACCCCCAAAAGAACAACCACCAUGACUCAAUCAACCACCUACACCAGUACUCUAAGAACAACCACCACUACAAGAAAGACAACCUUUAUUGCUACUCCAAUGAUUAUGAAUAUUCCAACAACCACCACUACUACUCCAAAAACAACCAACACUACUCCCACUACCACAAACACCACCACCACUACUCCAAGAACAAAUACCACUACAAGAAAGACAACCAUUACUACUACUCCAAUAACGAGUACCACUAUUUCAACAACCACCGUUAUUACCCCCAAAACAACAACCACCACGACUCCAGCAACCACCAACCCCACCACCACUACUCCAAGAACAACCACCACUAUAAGAAAGACAACCAUUACUACUACUCCAACAAUGACAACCACUAUUCCAACAACCACCGCUACUAUCCCCAAAACAAAAACCACCACAACUCCAGCAAUCACCACCACUACUCCAACCACAAUGGUCACCACUGCUCCAAAUACCACCACCACUGCUGUGCUAACGACAAUCACCACCACGACUCCAACCAUGAUGGUCACCACUGCUUCAGUGACAGCGAGGUCCACUACUUCCGCUCCUCCAAUGCUAGCAACCAAAAAGGACCUCCAGCCAGCUUCUUUAUCUUCUCCAACUCAGACAGCAGAAACCCAGCCUACUACCGUGUAUGAAACAAACAUAACCAGCUCACCAUGGCACUCUUGUUCAACAGAUGGAAAUGGCACUGUGACACAGUCUCCAGAUCCCCACUGGCAUAACAAUGAAACUCGUGCGGCGCUGGCACAAGAAACAUGGAUGAGCACCAACAAGGGAGUCUACAUUGGAAUCUCUGUUACUGUUUUGGCAUUGUUGCUCAUGUUUGUGGCUUUCUGGAUUAGGAGAAUGUGAUUCCAUUGAAAGAGUCUGUCAUUGGAGAUUUGAAAAAUGCAGCUCUGAAGCCUAUCCAAGCAGAAGACAAUAUCUAAAUUAUUGAAGACUAAGUCCUGGAUCCAGAUUCUAAGGUGUUAUGCCCUUGACUGUAGAAGACAGUGACCAGAUACCGUGUCAGAGUCCUUUCAGUCAGCUGCACAGUUUUCCAGUCAGUUUCCUAUGGCGUUCCUAUGAGUCAGGGACACUGGGUAGUGUUGCUAGCUCAACUGUGUAAAGUCAACCUCUGUCACAGAGUCCUGAUUUUUUAUACUAAAUUGGCUCAAAUUUUCUGAUCAUCGCAGCUGCUUCUGCGGCUAGUCGCUUCUGUCGUAUCGGACUCUGUGCGACCCCGUAGAUGGCAGCCCACCAGGUUCUCCUGUCCUUGGGAUUCUCCAGGCAAGAACGCUGGAGUGGGUUACCAUUUCUUUCUCCAAUUCAUGAAAGUGAAAAGUGAUAGUGAAGUCACUCAGUCGUGUCCUACUGUUAGCGACUCCAUGGACUGCAGCCCACCGGGAUCCUCCGUCCCUGGGAUUUUCCAGGCAACAGUACUGGAGUGGGGUGCCAUUACCUUCUCUGGAUCAUUGCAGAGGUCUCUUCAAAGCAUGAAACAUACUUCUUAGAACUGUACAUUCUCUUUAGACCUCAUGAAUCCUGUUUUCCAUCAAGAAUUCUCAUUGGGAAGAUAGAAAAAAACAUUUCUACCUCAGUUACCAAGGCUGUCAAGAAUACCUGAAUUCAACUUAGAAUCAGGGCAUCUAA